AAUAUUUUAAUUAAGUAUAUCAAUAUUAAUUAGCAUUUAUAUAAUUAAAUUAUGAAAUAAAAAAAUAUAAAAUAUAAAAUAAUAUUUAUAUAUAUAUUAAAAUUAAUAAUAAUAAAAAAUUAUUUGCACUCUAAAUCUUACAGCUAAGAGAGGAAAAAGUGAAAAGUGUGAAACAUAAUAAAUAUUGUUAUGAAGAAUAUUAAAAAAUGUAAUAUAAAUUAUUGGAAUAUAUUUCUAAUUAAAAUAAUUAAUUUUAAUUUCACGUUUCACGCUUAUUUUUGGAUAGAUUUUCACAUCUAGUAGUUUUUUACAUAGAAAAAUAAAAGACAAAGAAAAAAGAAAGAAAAAAGAAAGAAAAUUUAAGAAGGCUACACUUUAUAGUUAAGCACUAAGCAAACACAUACUAAUCCCCUUGUCUCAUAUUUUUGAAGAAACCAACAAUCCAUCUUUCAGCAGCAUCAUGUAAUAUCCUACCAAUACUCAUGUUAUCACAACAAGAAAGAUAACAUUCUCUAAACUUGACUAAUGAAAAUUGUGACAUACACUAAGAGGUUUGAGAAAGAAUACCGUGAAGCUUUGCUAAAGAAACUGAAAUUUAAGAAUAACUCACUAAUCUUUCUAAAAAUAUAAAAAAUAUCUCAUCUCUUAUCAGGACAUGAUUAUUUUGUUAAAAGGAAAACUUACUCACAUUUAAUAUUUAACAAAUGCAUAGAGAAAUCAAUUAUUUUUUGUUAUUUACAGAAAAAAAUAUCUCUAAUGAAUAAUUAGUGAAGAGUAUUUUUUUGAAAUAGAAAGAGCACUAAAAUAAAUUUUGCCUCAGCCGAAUUGAUAGAGAAAUUGAUUGACGAUGUUGCCGUUUAAGAUAGCCUCGUGGUCGUGGCAUUAUUCACGUCAAUGCCUUGAAUAUUGAUUAUUACCUAAGCGAAGCGAGUGUCUUGUAACUUCUAAGCUGUCCACCUCGCUCAUAAGUUCGAAUCUUUAGUGACAGGUCAUUUAGAUAUUUAGGAGAAUAUCAAGGUCCAUUCCAUUUUGAAUAACCUAAUAAUAAAAUAAAAUAAAAAAAUAGAAUGGAAGAUAAAAACAUUACUAGUUGUAUCAUUUACAUCUCUUUAAUUGAAUGUCACUAACUUGAUAAUUUUAAUUUUCUACUAAAGAUAUUUUAGUUUAAGAAAUUAUGUUAGUUAAUAAAUUAAAAGUUUAUGGUUUGACUUUCAGGCACAAACGCGCGAGAGAUUUAUUUUAUUUGACUUUUUAAUUUUACUAAUACGAUGAUGAGCCAAGUGUGAACAUGGUGCUUCAUGAAUCAUGAUCCAUCCAUCAUGAAGAAGUCACUUGUUAUUCUCUUUAAGGGGCGCACCGCCAAAAUCAGAAUCUUUGCUUUUCUAUUAUUAAUUACAAAUAAAUAAAUAAGUUUCAUUAUAUUUUAUACGCAGUCGGUUGAAAUUAUAAAUUCCGUGACGGUGUGCAUAACGGAAAGAGUUACCUCUUAGCUCUUACGUAAAAUUCAAACCAACGUGGGCCUCCUCUUUUUAUUUUUUCUCUAUUAUUCUUUCUGUUUGGAAAGUCACUUUAUUUGUUGUAUAAAUAGCUGGCCAGUGGAGCAGAAGACCCGCACUAGCUGCGAAUAUAUAUCUUCCAAUCAAAUUAACAAGAAAUAAAUAAUAAAAAAAAAAAAGAUACUUCACAUUCUUGAUGGGGAGCACAAAAAUCGAGUCAUACUUUGUCUUCAUGAGCUAUGAUCCUGAAUACGAGCGACUUCGAGCUGAUCGAAGCAAGAGAGGGUCACAUGAGCUUGAUUUGUACCUCAGUAGAAAACAUGAUGAGCUCUUAGCAAGCACUCUAGAGCCAGGAAGCUACAAGAAGACAUCUUCUUUGGUCAUUGUUGAUGGUUUUGCAGUGGAAAUUUCCCAAGAUCAAGCCAAUGUGCUCAGAUCUGCCAAAGGAGUGAGGGUUGUGGAGAAAAAUGAAGCGCUAGGCUAGUUUAACACAUAGAAUAUCAGUGUUUUUCUAGGAGAAAAGUUCUAUUGUUGUUUAUUUCUUGAAGUUUCUCGUUUGUGUAAUUUGCUAUGAAGAUAUGAACGCUUUAGGCAAGAGGUAUAAUGUGUUAGGUUGUGCUCAUUAUCAUGUGUUGGUUGUUUUUAAAAUUAUGUUGAGUAUAUAAUGAUGCACAUAAAUUUGGUGAUUAUCAUCUAUGCCAGUAUACAAGAUGCAUCCUAUUUGAGAACAACUCUCUCUUUUAC